CAUUUCCAUGGUGACCACUGACCGAUGACUUCCAUCCCUCAACUGUGGUAUUUUGUCGCUAGUGUUUUGCUAGCUACUGCACUUGAAUCAUGUUUUAGUAAAAAAUACCGGUAUAUAAUAUAUCAAUAGUAUUUUUGUUGCACCUACGCAAUAAAAAAACAGUCAAGGUGAAGGAGGUACGAGGAAACUUGAGUAGCUAUGACGGAGCGAAAGUUCAAUAUUGGUGAGCGAGUGAGGGCGAAAUGGCCGGGCAGUGGCUUGUAUUUCGAGGGAGAGAUCGAAGACUUCAACGACAUCGAGUACCUCGUCAAGUUCGAUGACGAAGAUGAAAGCAAGUUGGCCGUCAAAUACAGAGAUGUUGCUGCCCUGACUUCGUUCAAGCGCUCUCGCUCCCGGUCUCGUGGUCGUAGUCCCACGCGUGUCCCGAAGAGUCCCAACAAGAAGACGAGCAAGAGUCCCGGCAGAGUACAAGCUGCCAAAAGGAGCCCUGGUCGACCAAGAGCUUCUAGUAAAAGUCCUGCCAGGAUAUCGAAAACUGAGAUAACCAUGUUAAACUCCACGGCGAAUUCCAGUGAAAGCAACAAAAGUCCAUCUCGAGCAAGCAGCAGACGUAUUGUAAACAGCAGCGCGAGCAGUUCCUUCUCGCAGAACUCACGCUCCUCAAACGAAGAGAAAACUCGAGUAACAUCACUUAGACAGAGCCCCAGACUGUCUUCCGACGAAAAGUCCAAUGAUGUAAAGAACUUAUCGGCGAAACCAAGCAGCAGCAGCGGGAGUAAGACAAGACGAUGGGCAAGCAUCAAGAGAGCCCUGGCUACAGUUUGGGACGUGCUACUGCCAGCUCUUACUUCCCUUCCACUCAUCAUCUUCAUCGCUCUGGCCCCUCUUACGAUGUCUUAUGCUUGCACCAAAAAGAACUGCACCGUUUUGGAAGUGCCCACCUUCUCUAGCCAGGUGAAACAAUACUAUGACAUCCGUGCCGUGGCCAUAACUCUGGGUCUUCUGGUGCUACACUUGGUGCUCUCUUAUAUACCAGUUCGCUCCAGAGUGUUGCCUAACGGUGCAAAGGCCAGGACCAACGGUUUGGUGCUGUUGCUCGUAUCCUGUCUACUGUUUCCUCUGGCCCACUACUUCAAACUGAAUGUCUCUGAAGUGUACACGCUUCUGCGUCCCCUCAUUGUCUCACACGCCGCACUGGGUCUUGUCUUCGGCCUCGCCCUCUACAUCAAAAGCUUCUACGCCCCCCGGAGCAACCGCAACCCAAGAAUUGUGGGACAUUUCCUGCCUGACUUCAUCGAAGGUCGUGAAGUGAACCCGCGCAUCGGCAGCAUUGAUAUCAAGAGCUUCUUCAUAAAACAUUCUAUCAUCGUUUCUUCGCUGCUUCUGCUUGUACUUGUCAUCCGCGAAUUUCAACUUACAACAAAGGCAAACUACAAUAACGAGUUCUUCGUACUUGCGGCGUUACAGUUAUUCUAUUGCUUGGAUUUCCUGUUGUUUGAAGAGAACUUUUACUCCACCUGGGAGUAUACUCGACAAGGAUCAGGAUAUUUCCUAACUGGCUUCUACCUGACCAUGCCAUACUACUUCAUCGUCAACACCCGCGUCCUCAUGAUGUUCAGAUCACCCUUGCCGUGGUACUGCAUUGCCGGGAUCGUGGUCAUUUACCUGGCUGGUUACAUCCUGGUUCGUGGCGCCAACAACCAGAAGCACGCCUUCCGAACCAAUCCUUCGGACCCGAACCUUGCUCACCUAGAAAGCCUGCCGACUUCUGCUGGCACGCGUCUGUUGGUCUCAGGCUGGUGGGGGGUUGUGAGGCAUCCCAACUACCUGGGAGAUCUGCUCGUCCAGCUCUCGCUGUGCCUUCUUUGUGGUUUCAAGCACGGUCUACCAUGGCUAAAUUUGUUCCUGAGCUUCGCUUCGUUGCUUCACCGCAUCUACGAGACUGAACGAACUUGUUCACUUAAAUAUGGACUAUCAUGGAGCACCUACACUGGCCGGGUCAAAUACAAACUUCUGCCUAAAGUGUUCUAGAAAUAGAAAUUUAAAGCUCCCUUGGAUCUACAGGCGCAAUGACCCCCAGCACAUUUUACACGAAUUUUUCUUAUUCGACUAAUAUCAUUAUUUAUUUAAAAUGGCCAUUUAAUUUGAAACAUUGGUACAAAGUCACAAAUCAUUGGCUUAAAGGAAAAUUUUUUAUCGUUUUGACGCUUUAGAUCUCAUGUCCUGAUUUCAUUGACAACUUGCCUAGGAUUAGCGAUCGUAAAGUUGGCCUGAGGCUAUUUAUCACUGGUGUGCAUGGAAUGAAACUUAUUCAUUCCUCCGGUUGAAUAUAGAGUUCAGCCGAAGAAUCUCCAGUGCACCUCUUGCGAGGGACAUUUCAUCACAUAAUACAUUUAGUGUUCAUAUCUCAGUUUUGACUCGCUAUUUUUCAGUAAAGCUGACAUUUUUAUGUUAUUUGACAAGUUUUAUGCUCUUUGGAUAACGUGUCGUAAAAAGAUCUCCAAACAUUGCCUUCACUUGCCAUUGUCAUGCCAGCUCAGUACAGCUUUUUUUUCAAACAUAUAAUCGAUCUCUAGAAAAAAUAGAAAAUGUUUUGACCCCUAAUACAUUGAAGUGAUUUCUUUCAAUUAGUGAAACUCGGGAAAGUAAUGCCCAUUUAGCUUUGCACGUUCGACAGUCUUGCCGGUUAUCGAAUUUUAAAGGAUUCCCGUCUUUUUCGCACCCGUUUUUUCAUAUUAGCAAGAAGCUGUUUUUUAACUCUGGAUUCUAUUGUACCCGAUAUUUUUUUCUUAAAACGAUGCAUGUGUUUGCGGGUUUACAUUUUUUGAAGGUAGUAGCAUUGAUGGACCAAGUUAUGUAUCGUCAUUCGCAUUGCGUUUAAUCUGUUGUCUGGUUAUUUUGAAUUAAUGCAUGGUUUUCGAAUUUAAAUAUUAUUUUAAAACAUUUAUAAUGCUCGGUACGAUGCAUUGCUGUACAAAAUCACUCAUUUAAGCCCACUCGUGUGUCGCUUUUUUUUACUGCUCCCAGACACGGCAAAUCAUGAACAUCUAUAUGCAUUUGUGAAAAUAUCGUUUACUAACAUAAAUCCCAGUACGCAUUGGACUUAUGUUAGUAAUUAAGUUCCAUUUCUAUUUCAUUCACUCUGAAUCAUGCGAAUAAUUUAGUUGAAGAUUCAUUAUGGCUCUCUAACUUUAUGUUGACUUGCCAUUUAUUUUCACGUUAAGAUCAACCAAUUCUGCAAUUAGAUAUAAUGUGCAUCUUAGAUGCUUUAAUUUAAAUAUUGUAUAACCUGUUCAUUAAGGCGGUCUAAUGUUAGAAAUUGCAAUGCUGGAGUGUCAUUCGACUAAGGCGUUUUUUGUGUCUGAUUGACUUGGUGUACAGUAUUUUUAACAAAAAAAAAGCUAAGGUUUUCUCAAAGCUUUGAAUAAACAGCGAGAUCUUUUUGUGUAGGUAUUUCGGGACCAAUUAGCUUCCAGAUGUAAAUUUGAUUCAUUUCAUUGAGCAUAUCAUUGUUAAAUUUGUCAAUCUUGACGUAUGAAACAUUUUUUGCAAUGAAUAAGUACAAGAUGAUAGUGUGUACAUAUAGAAAACUGUGUAAUUUGUAUAUUGUGCGACAGAUGUUCAUUGUGUGCAUUCUUGCACCACGAUGCACAUCGUAACUGCUCGCAUUUCCAGAUUAUGAGUAAACGUUUCAUGAA